AUGAAUGCUCAAGAGGAUGUUCUAGGGGUGGCUCUAGUGAACAUUCUAGGGAUGGUUCUAGUGGACGUUCGAGGGGUGGUUCUAGUGGACGAUCUAUGGGUGGUUCUAGUGGACGAUCUAGGGGUGGCUCUAGUGGACGAUCUAGGGGUGGUUCUAGUGGACGAUCUAGGGGUGGUUCUAGUGGACGAUCUAGGGGUGGUUCUAGUGGACGAUCUAGGGGUGGUUCUAGUGGACGAUCUAGGGGUGGUUCUAGUGGACGAUCUAGGGGUGGCUCUAGUGGAUGUUCUAGGGCCCAUUCCAGCAGGUCUCCCAGGCUGGACUUCCAGGCUAAGCAUGUCAACCCUUCUCAAACUACGACCAACACUUCUCCAGACAUUCAGCACGCCAACAUCAAUCCAACUGCUCCUGUGGUCAACAACAAACACAGUGAAACAACAUCAGGACGAACAGCAGGUCCUGUGAGAGAUUCUACAUCACUUGUGCAGGCCUUCACUGCGACUGCACAGCAGUGUGUUUCUAUGGAUCUCCCUUCCACGGGAGGUAGAGAAUCUGGUGUCAUUGACCUAAAAGCAGCCCAGGUAACAAAUGCAGACACCCAUGGUAUACUAGGACCUAGUGUUCCUUCCCAAGCCAUAACACAACAAACCAAUAAUCUUUCUGUCAAUGCUGCUCUGGUUUCUCACACCCAGACCUCUUCCACCCCUGAACAGCAACAUACUCCCUCUCCUUCUCCCAAACCUCUCACUGAGACACCUCAGAACAAACCAUCUCAUAAACAUAAGACCUCACUCAAUGAAAUACAGGACUGGCUCCAGAGUGUUUUAAGAUCUAAAAAUGGACCCGUAAAUGGGAACAACUCUACACAAGACCCCUCUCAGUCCCAACAAUCCAGCACAGAGAAGAUGGCUGUUUUACAAGCAGGCAAUACGCACCGACAUCAAAACACCAAAGAUGACCAGGCGAGGCCCCCUGAGAGAUUUAGUGCUGAGGACUCCACUGUACGGCUAAAGAUUGAGUCCACCCCCAGGUGUAUGACCCUGACGGCAGUCGCCACCACUCCGCCUCCCGUGGCUAUCGUCGCUCCAAUGGGUCCACAGCAGUCCCCAGAGCCCAUGGAGACAGAGAAUGCAGGCAAUGAGGUGCCAUUUAAGAUUUUACAUGCCUGGUCCAUCAACGAACAACAGGCGGAAAGCCUGUGGGAAAGCGCUAAAGAUGAUGCAAGUUCUCGAUCUGUCCUAAAUGAGACAGUUCAAGUUGAGAGUGUUAUGGAGUGUGAUAAGCCUGUAGAUGCAUCUGCAACAAGUUUACUGGCAUCUACUGGAGAGGACAAUGGGGUCCUUCUGGCCAAGAGUUCACCUUCACCAUUUGUCCACACCAACCCUCAGGCAACUGAUAUUGUACGCAUUUGUGGUACCCAGACAAUUGUGGACAUUAGCUCCAAUGGCGCAGAUGAGAGAACUCUUGAUUUGUCCACAAUUUCUGAAGUUCAGUUCAAGUUAACUACGCUGCAACAACUGGUUAGUUAUCUGGAGAGUGCAGCAACAGUCACAGAUGCAAAGGAUGGUUGUCUAAAGGCCAUAUUGGAGCGGUAUUGGGGCGGGGAUACCUCUAACCUGGUAAAAGCUUUAAAAGAUAAAAGGGAUGAGAAAAUAAUGCAGGAUGUGUCUGCCUGGGCCGUAGAGGAUGAGAAGGCAGUGGUUGUCUUUGCAGUCAGUGGUAUAUCACUGGGGGAAGUGGUCGAGAACUUUCCCAUUCCAGCACAUGUUGACAGCUCUUCCCACAUGGGUUACAGGUCAUCAUGGUUAAAUGUCAACGAGAAGCUGUAUGACAUUGACAAAGAAUCUGGAAGAGCUUGGUCUGUGUGGUUUAUACCAGAUAAAGCAGAGGAGAGUUCCAAAGUGGUUGGGGGAGUCAAAAUGAAUGACACCUUCCACAGCAAGAUGGAGACUGUGGACUUGCCUGCCCGACAACCUGUUGAAGCAGAAGCAUUAGACUCAGACCUCGCAACAAACACAGCCCUCAUGAUGGACGCAGACCCCCCAAAAGACACAGACCUCCCAAAAGAUGCAGACUCAGAGACACAACCCCUUUCCCCAAUGAUUUUGACCGUCCUUACAUCAGAGGAUGCUGUGAGACUGCUUGCUGAAACAGAGGCAUCAGAAGCAGAGCUCACAACAGACUCAAACUGCCCAACAGAUGCAGACCUCAACACCGUCACAGACCUCACAACAGACUCGGACAAAGACCUCCUUUCCCCAAUGAAUUUGACCAUCCUGACAUCUGAGGAUGCCAUGAGACUGUUUUGCCAGAUUGAAAAUGGCUCUGACCUCCAACUCUGGUCCCCUGAACCAUGCGCUGAAAACAAAGAUAAGACCCAGACCAAGCAACUAAAGAAUAUAGUAAUUGGCAGCUUAGAUAAGUCCUGCUACUGUCCUUGUAUUAUUGAAACUGACAAUGGGUUUGAAAGUGGCCUAUGCUCCAGUUGUCAGAGAGAGAAAGGAUUGCAGAAAGGUACAAGAUGCAUAACAAUCUCUCACUGCCUUACCCUGUCGGAUACAAGCGAAAAUUCAGAUCAGGAGACAGAAGCAACAGACUCAGACCUCGCAACAAACACAGCCCUCAUGAUGGACGCAGACCCCCCAACAGACUCAUACCUCCCAAGAGACGCAUACUCAGAGACAGAACCCCUUUCUCCAAUGAUUUUGACCGUCCUCACAUCAGAGGAUGCUGUGAGACUGCUUGCUGAAACAGACUCUGGGGGGAAGGCGACUGUGGACAAUCAAUGCAGGGACAAGAAGCAGAUGCAAUCAACUGAAGAAGAGGGUGAUGACAAUCAAUUCAGUGACAUUAAAACAGAGGGAGAAAUGCAGCAAUGUACAAACUUCAUACCGAUCACUGACUUUUUUUUCUGGUCAGACACAAGUGAGGAUUCAGAUCAGGAGACAGAGGAGAACCCUAAUGAACAACAUGCUCAGAUUGAGGCUCAUGCUUCUAAUGUUAAAAGGAUGGAGCCUGAAACUGAUGCCAAAGAACCAUGUGAGUCAGCCCAAGAACAUACUACCCACAGAAAAGUCAGUCCUAGUUCUGAGGAUAGGGAAAGAUGGCAAGAGAAGGACCAAGACUGUAGGAUGAGUACAUCACCACUUCCCAAGGUUGAAACCCCCUCAAAAUUAAGAGCUAACAUCAUAGCAGACAACUGGUGUUCACCUAUAGAGGACUGUGGUUCACCUGUAGAUAAGUAUGACAAAGUUGCAGACUUUUUCACCCAAUACAAAACCUGCAAGUCAAAGAAAAAAAUAUAUAUGUAUAUGGAAAAGGAGAAUACCCUCCAUCCAAAGUCAUCUGAUAGACAAAAGCUCAAGAAAAGCCAUGGGAGAGCAGAGAGGAGACGGUCACCAUCCCAACCCCCUAAGAGCUCUGGGGUGAAGGCAACUGUGAAUAAUCAACGCAGGGACAAGAAGCCACAUGCGUCACACAAGAGGAGACAUUCGACUAAGAGUGAUAAAAAUCAAUGCAAAGACAAGAAGAGGGGAUCAUCAACUGAGAAAGAGAGCAAGAACAAUCAAAGUAGGGACAAGAAGAGGAGACCUUCAAUUGAAAAAGUGGGUGAGGGCAGUCAAUCUAGGGACAAGAUAUCACAGAAGAGGAGAACUUCAACUGAAACUGAAGGCAGGAACUCUGGUGACUCCAAAGAGUUGCAGUGCCAGUUGGUGGAAAGAGAGAGGGACCACGGCAGUGCGUUUCCACUGCCGCGCCCUGGGGUGAAAACCCUCCAUGUGCAGGGAUCCUCAACUACCACCGUUCCUCUCAAACUCACCAUAAAUGUCCCCAAAAAUCCUUCCACAAACUGCUCACCCUCCAAACAUACUGAGGACGUCCCCAAAAUGCCAAAGGAACAGCCAAAGACUAAAGUCCCGAACAAAAGACACUGCUCCCCUGCAAAGUCAGUGUCUCCUGUUGUCAAAGAGCGGCAGAGGAACGGCAUCAAACACAAGCAAAUAAUUCAACGCCUGAAAGUCAGAUUGGAAAAGUUGUCCUUAUCCAAACAUCUUGUCAGGAAAGGUUCCCCACCAAGGCUGAAGAGGGUGGAGGAUAGAGAAGUCCCUGGGGGUUUAGGGGUAAAGGUUUCUAAGAAUCCUGACUCGUCCAUGAAACUAAAACAUAAGGCAGAGAGCGACUUGACAUCCCAACAGAAGUUGACAAAGAUUCCGAAGGUGUUGAAUAGGAAUGAGAAAGGAUGGUUUUCAAAAAGCGAGUGUGAGAACGACUCGCCGCCCGCCAAGCCAAAGCUGCCAAGGAUUCCCAAGCUUCCGAGGACUCCAGAGGUUUCAAAGGAUGGGAAAGAGGGAGAGAACAGAGAAGAGACAUCUCCCAGUCCUUCACCUGAAUCACAAACGCUGAACAAACCUGCAAGAGUGGCACACAAGCCAAAACCUUUUAUCAAGCCUGCCAGUCCCAAUGGUAAUAGCCCAGGUAGUCAUGCAUGCCCUAAUCCGGCUAGGGUAUCACCGCUAUAUGGCGAUGGUCAUUUUGGGGCAAAAGUCUCUGCGAGGCAGCAGGUGUUCUCUGAUUGGGAGAGUAGCUUUGUCCCGACGCCAACCCCCCGGACUCGCAGACGAUCAGGGUGUCCUCCAGAGGAAGUGGAAGGUCCACAGGCCAGUCCCAGGUCCAGCUCUGAGACCAGGAUCAUCCAACCCAUUCUAAAACAUGUCGAUGCUCCGCCAAAACCCAAGCGGAACAUCAGCUUCGCUUUGAAUCCAAGGACGGUGCACUACUUCAAGCCCUGUGAAUAUGAAAAUGACGUCAUGUUCAACAGGUCUUACAUGGAUCCUGAAGAUGCACAGCAUUCUAACGAGGAAGAGGAAGAUGCUCCUGUGAACUGCCAGAACACGAAGGAACAGACCCCUGUUAGGGAAGAGAAGCGGCAAGAUAUAGGGGAGCUGAAGCCUGGACCAAGCGGUGCAUGUGAAAAGAGCUUCAAAAGGAAACGUAAAAUACAUGAGCCUGCUGCCAUUUUGAUGAAGAAGAGCAUUGUUCAGGCAAACCAUUGGAUGAAGUGUCUCCAUCGUGAACCUCCGAAAGACUCCAGACACUCGGGUAAGGACACCAAUCACAAGCCACUGUCAAACGAAUAUGGUAUGUAUUCCCUCAAAGUUUUUGUGUAAUAUGUAUAGCUAUCAUUGGCAUGAAAAACGAACACACUACCGGUCAAUAUUUAGAUACAUUUUAUUGGAUUUCCAGUCAUUGACAAGUUCUUCUGGUUACAGCAAAAACAACUAGAGUUGGUUACAAGUGGUCAGAGGAGCAGAAGACGAGGCCAAAUUAAAUUGAAGGUAAGUCGCAGGCUAUGCUAGCCUCACAUGGUAGGCUACUUUUACAAUUGCACCAAUGAUUUCCCAGUAUUUCAAACAAAGUUGUAUAUGUAUUUUUCUUUAAAAAAUGUCAGAUGUACACAGUUUGAUGUUGGGUUCUGAUUGGAAUCAUCUAGAGCAGGGUUUCCCAAAGUCGGUGUUGUAAUGAGUUUCUGGUAUCGAGAAGUUCAGGAUGCAAUAGAAUAUGGGACACAGACGGAGAGUUCAUACAAAUAUUUAAUAGGUACGGUACCGUGAUUCGUCUAACAAACGGUACAUACUUUGCCUCUUGUCAUUCCAACUCUGGACAAAGGAAAAUCUGUUUAUAUACUUCAUGUUACACGUUCCUUCAACAACAUCUCGUAACCAUCAGUGGACACUCCCCUCCCUGAUGGUAUCACCCUGUACCCCAAGUCAGUAUAUUAUAUCUAUCAAUCAUUCUAAGAUAAACACCAUCAAGCUCCCCGACAUACCAGAAUCCAGACUCUGUGGCACCAAUAAUCACCUCUCUCACAAAUCUAACCUUGUUCCUACUACACCAUGAAAAGACAUACAGUGGGGAAAAAAGUAUUUAGUCAGCCACCAAUUGUGCAAGUUCUCCCACUUAAAAAGAUGAGAGAGGCCUGUAAUUUUCAUCAUAGGUACACGUCAACUAUGACAGACAAAUUGAGAGAAAAAAAUCCAGAAAAUCACAUUGUAGGAUUUUUUAUGAAUUUAUUUGCAAAUUAUGGUGGAAAAUAAGUAUUUGGUCACCUACAAACAAGCAAGAGUUCUGUCUCUCACAGACCUGUAACUUCUUCUUUAAGAGGCUCCUCUGUCCUCCACUCGUUACCUGUAUUAAUGGCACCUGUUUUAACUUGUUAUCAGUAUAAAAGACACCUGUACACAACCUCAAACAGUCACACUCCAAACUCCACUAUGGCCAAUACCAAAGAGCUGUCAAAGGACACCAGAAACAAAAUUGUAGACCUGCACCAGGCUGGGAAGACUGAAUCUGCAAUAGCUAAGCAGCUUGGUUUGAAGAAAUCAACUGUGGGAGCAAUUAUUAGGAAAUGGAAGACAUACAAGACCACUGAUAAUCUCCCUCGAUCUGGGGCUCCACGCAAGAUCUCACCCCGUGGGGUCAAAAUGAUCACAAGAACGGUGAGCAAAAAUCCCAGAACCACACGGGGGGACCUAGUGAAUGACCUGCAGAGAGCUGGGACCAAAGUAACAAAGCCUACCAUCAGUAACACACUACGCCGCCAGGGACUCAAAUCCUGCAGUGCCUUCUGGAUUUAUUUUUCUCAUUUUGUCUGUCAUAGUUGACGUGUACCUAUGAUGACAAUUACAGGCCUCUCUCAUCUUUUUAAGUGGGAGAACUUGCACAAUUGGUGGCUGACUAAAUACUUUUUUUCCCCACUGUAAGUUGGUACUCGGCCCCCCAGGUGCACGUUUUGAUUUGAAAAAUACUUCCCAUACCUAUUUGUCCAUGGUCAGUUGUGCACCGGGGCCUCCCACUCCUCUUUCUAUUCUGGUUAGAGACAGUUUUCAUUUUUCUGUGAAGGGAGCAGUACACAGCGUUGUACAAGAUCUUCAGUUUCUUGGCAAUUUCUCGAAUAGAAUAGCCUUCAUUUCUCAGGACAAGAAUAGACUGACGGGUUUCAGAAGAAAGUUAUUUGUUUCUGGCCAUUUUGAGCCUGUAAUCAAACCCACAAUUGCUGAUGCUCCAGAUACUCAACUAGUCUCAAGAAGGCCAGUUUUAUUGCUUCUUUAAUCAGCACAACAGUUUUCAGCUGUGCUAACAUAAUUGCAAAAGGGGUUUCUAAUGAUGAAUUUGUGAUACUCUGGCUCCAUGGACUUUGAUUAUUUGAGCCAGGGUUGUUCAUUUUCAUUGUUUGGGUGUAUUGCUAUGUUGGGUAUUCUAGUUGUUCAUUUCUAUGUUUGGGUAUUGUGCUUGAUUAGUCAUAUGACUCCCAAUCGGAGGUAACGAGUGUCAGCUGUCGGCUCGUUAUCUCUGAUUGGGAGCCAUAUUUAAACUGUGUGGUUUCUCUUUGGUUUGUGGGUUUUUGUUCCAUGUUUCUGUCAGUGUUACAGAGGACUUCACUAUCGUCAUUUGUUGUUUUUUCGUGGUUGCUUUAUUUAAUAAAGUCAUCAUGUUCACUCCACGCGCUGCGUAUUGGUCCGCUUCUUCAGACGAUCGUGACAGAAAAACCCACCAUAGAAGGACCAAGCAGCGUGUCCAGGAGCAAGACAGCUGGACAUUGGAGGAAGCGCCUGGUAAAGAGAUCGAGAGGCUGGCGAUGGCCCAGGUGUGCAAAUCGUGGUCCUGGGAGGACAUGCUCGGGGGCAAGGGACCUUGGGGGAAGAUCAAGGCCCUGGCGAGAGAGGAGCAACGGCGUCAGCAGGGCCAUCAUCGUUGGAAGGACGAGAGGCAACCCCAAAAAGUUUUUGGGGGGGGGCACAUGGCUUGGACGACGGGGCUAACGGAGGCAGAGAAGGGGCGAAUUCAAGAGGCAACCAGGUUACGGGGGUCACUGGCCAAAGUAGGGAAAGGAGAUGUAGAGGCACGGCGUGAGAGACUGAGGUGUGUAUCCAGUCCGGUCCGGCCCGUUCCAGUUCCCGGGGUAGAGCCAGUGGUGUGUGCCUCCAGUACGGUCCGGCCUGUUACGACCCCUCGCACCAAGGAUACGGUGCGCUUCGCCAGCCCGGCCCGGCCUGUUCCGGCCACUCGCACCAGGGAUACGGUGCGCUUCGCCAGCCCAGCCCGGCCUGUUCCGGCCACUCGCACCAGGGAUACGGUGCGCUUCGCCAGCCCAGCCCGGCCUGUUCCGGCCACUCGCACCAGGGAUACGGUGCGCUUCGCCAGCCCAGCCCGGCCUGUUCCGGCCACUCGCACCAGGGAUACGGUGCGCUUCGCCAGCCCGGCCCGGACUGUUCCGGCCACUCGCACCAGGGAUACGGUGCGCGUCGCCAGCCCUUUCCCACCAGUGCCUACACCACGCCCCAAGCCUCCUGUGUGUCUCCCGAGUCCUGUGCGUCCUGUUGCUGCUCUCCGCACUAGGCUUAAUGUGAGUCCCCAGGGUCCAGCAUGCCCUGUUCCGGCUCUCCGCACUAGCCCUUAUGUGCGUUCCCAGGGUCCAGCAUGCCCUGUUGCUUCUCCCCGCACUAGCCCUGAGAUGCGUGUCCUCAGCCCGGUACCUCCAGUUCCGGCACCAUGCAUCAGGCCAACGGUGCGUCCCCAGGGCCAAGCAUGCCCUGUUGCUGCUUCCCGCACUAGCCCUGAGAUGCGUGUCCUCAGCCCGGUACCUCCAGUUCCGGCACCACGCAUCAGGCCUACGGUGCAUCCCCAGGGUCCAGCAUGCCCUGUUGCUUCUCCCCGCACUAGCCCUGAGAUGCGUGUCCUCAGCCCGGUACCUCCUGUUCCGGCACCACGCACCAGGCCUACGAUGCGCCUCAGACGGCCAGAGUCUGCCGUCUGCCCAACGGGGCCUGAACUGCCCGUCUGCCCAACGCCGUCUGAACUGCCCGUCUGCCCAACGCCGUCUGAACUGCCCGUCUGCCCAACGCCGUCUGAACUGUCCGUCUGCCAAGCGCCGCAGGAACUGCCCGUCUGUACUGAGCCUGCAAAGCCGCCCGUCUGCCAUGAGCCUUCAGAGCCGUCCGCCAGACCGGAGCCGCUAGAGCUCUCCGCCAGACAGGAGCAGCCAGAGCCUUCCGCCAGACAGGAUCAGCCAGAGCCUUCCGCCAGACAGGAGCAGCCAGAGCCUUCCGCCAGACAGGAGCAGCCAGAGCCUUCCGCCAGACAGGAUCAGCCAGAGCCUUCCGCCAGACAGGAUCAGCCAGAGCCUUCCGCCAGACAGGAUCAGCCAGAGCCUUCCGCCAGACAGGAUCAGCCAGAGCCUUCCGCCAGACAGGAUCAGCCAGAGCCUUCCGCCAGACAGGAUCAGCCAGAGCCUUCCGCCAGACAGGAUCAGCCAGAGCCUUCCGCCAGCCAGGAUCCGCCAGAGCCGUCCAGCCAGGAUCCGCCAGAGCCGUCCAGCCAGGAUCCGCCAGAGCCGGCCAGCCAGGAUCCGCCAUUCAGUCCGGUAAUGCCCCUUAGUCAGGUACUGUCCCUUAGUCCGGUGCUGCCCCUUAGUCCGGUGCUGCCCCUUAGUCCGGUGCCGCCCCUUAAUCCAGUGGGGUUUAAUUGGGGGGUGGUCAGGUGGAGGGGGCUACGGAAGCGGAUAGUGACUAAGGUGGGGUGGGGACCACGACCUGGGCCAGAGCCGCCACCAUGGACAGACGCCCACCCAGACCCUCCCCUAGACUGUAGGCUGGUGCGCCCGGAGUUCGCACCUUUAGGGGGGGGUACUGUGAUACUCUGGCUCCAUGGACUUUGAUUAUUUGAGCCAGGGUUGUUCAUUUUCAUUGUUUGGGUGUAUUGCUAUGUUGGGUAUUCUAGUUGUUCAUUUCUAUGUUUGGGUAUUGUGCUUGAUUAGUCAUAUGACUCCCAAUCGGAGGUAACGAGUGUCAGCUGUCGGCUCGUUAUCUCUGAUUGGGAGCCAUAUUUAAACUGUGUGGUUUCUCUUUGGUUUGUGGGUUUUUGUUCCAUGUUUCUGUCAGUGUUACAGAGGACUUCACUAUCGUCAUUUGUUGUUUUUUCGUGGUUGCUUUAUUUAAUAAAGUCAUCAUGUUCACUCCACGCGCUGCGUAUUGGUCCGCUUCUUCAGACGAUCGUGACAGAAUUAGCUUUUUAAAAUUAUGAACUUAGAUUAGCAAACACAACGUCCCAUUGGAACACAGGACUGAUGGUUGUUGAUAAUGGGCCUCUGUACGCCUAUGUAGAUAUUCCAUUAAAAAUCUGCCAUUUCCAGCUACAAUAGCCAUUUACAACAUUAACAAUGUCUACACUGUAUUUCUGAUCAAUUUUAUGUUAUUUUAAUGGACAACAAAAUUGCUUUUCUUUCGAAGACAAGGACAUUUCUAAAUGACCCCAAACUUUUGAACGGUAGUUGUUAUGAUGUUUUCAUAGUGCGAUGGGAAACAGAUUGAGUUUAGUAGAAAGUGACUGGGCGCCUCACAGUCUGAGGUGCCAUGCAUUCCAUUAUGUCAAAGGAGAUUACUGAUGUUUGAUUGAUGGACAGGAUAUACUGACAUGGGGUGCAUGGUAGUAACAUCAAACAAGGGAGUGCCCACUGAGGGUUGCCAGAUGUGGUUGAAGAAACGUGUAACAGAGGGUAUAUAAGUGAGAUGGUCUCUUUGUUCAAAUCAGUUCGAAAUAGCAAGAGGCAAAGCUCUGUCUUUGGUAUAUCGAACCCGUUACAGACUAUUAAAAUCUUUGUAUUAACUUUCCACAAAGUGUCUAAGUAUAUUCUUACAUCCUUAAUUACUUGAUACCCGAGAAACUCAUAACAGUAGUGUAUGUGUGAUUUGGUUGGAACAUGUUCUAGCCAUGCUCUGAGUAUAUUCUGAGGCAGUGUUCCCAGGAUCCUGUGUACGGUGAAAAAUAGACUUAUGAACUGAAAAGUCGCCUUACUGAUCCUUCAUCUCCACUUGGAAAGCCAGUAGCUGGGGGACGGCUAUUUCCCACAGUGCUAAUGUAAAUAUUUCUCACCUGCUUGCUUAUGUUUGCCUCUUAGGUUCCUCUCCGAAUGCAAGCCCCCCUCACAGUAACCAUCCAGGUUCCUCUCCGAAUGCAAGCCCCCCUCACAGUAACCAUCCAGCUUCCUCUCAGAAUGUAAGCCCCCUUCCUGGUCGCCAUUCAUCCUCCAGCCAAUCGAGAAGAGUUGAGCCAACAGCCAGGCACCAUAGCUCUCCCAUGAACGAAUGGAAUGAGCGGUGUUCAGGAGACAGAUGUGAUUCGUAAGCCAAUCAGUCGGCCCUGACAGGAUACACCAGACAACACAGUAGUUGAUGGCGACUGGCAAAGACAAUACUUUUACCUCAUUUUUAAAACUUGAAACAACUACUUACAGUGCCUAUAAAGCCAUAUUUAGGCUACAUUAUGCAGUUUACUUUUCUACAUGUUUUUAAAUGAAUACAUUUCUCUCUCUAUAAUAUGUUUGGUUAGCUGUGGUUGAAACAGUCAGAAGUGUGUUUUAUAUACUAUGUAUAUGUGUUUAUUGUAACUCUUGACAUCUAAGGGUGAUUGGUGUUUGGUUACCCGUAUUCCUAUAGUAUUGUUUGCCUACAUUGUUAGGGCAUCAUAGUGAUUGAAUCAUCAUAGUGAUGGUAUUGGAUUUUGUUUGUUUCUAGUAUUUGUAUUGUCUAUUUAUAUUGCAGCCAGAACCAAAGCUAAAGGGGAGAAACCAGACUGAACUUAUUGUUUAACGAGAUUCUGCUGUCCCAUACACAAAAAAUGUGUCAAUUGUAACAGGUGUUUUUUUUAACACUGGUGGUAAAGUGGGUAAAUGUAUCAUGGCUAUCCAACAACAAAUUAUGUUUGAAAGUCAUUGUCACUUCGUUUGAUGUGGUUCCUUGCAAUGGGUUUAGUUAUCUGUGGCCAUAGAUGAUGUUUGUAGUUAAAUUCACUGAUACUGCUAAUAUUUCGGGUAUUGAGGAAUGUAUGUACUUCACAGGUCACUGGUUUUAUACUACGUCUUAAAAAUUGGUCGAAAUGCCAAGUUCUGUUUUUAAUAUCUGUUCGUUUUUGUCAGUUUUGAUGCUGUAUUUUUACCUCUGUUUACUGUAUUGUUACGGCACUGAACUAACAUAAAUACAGAAAAUAAAUGUUUGUUGUUACUAAUCCUCUCAGACUACACAGCAUCCAAUGAAGAUAAUUGUAGUAUUAUUUACCCCCUCCACCAGGCAGACCACAUUUGAGACACACAGUUACACCACCAGAGGGAAGCAAAGUACUAUGUUAAUGUUCCUUUCAUUUCAGUCACUCACUUGUGCAAGGCUUCUGGGUCCUCCUUUGUGUUGAGACUUGAGAGACUCCACAUAGGUGAAUGGAUAAGAACAGAUAAGAGGGGAAUCUUCAGUCAUAUUUUCUGUUUCUACACAACUCAUUGUAUAUUAAUUGGAGAAAGCCAAGCAGAAACUUUUUCCUUCAAGGACAAGAGUGGUGGAAGCUUGUUGAGAAUGUAUAGUACAAGAUCACUACUUACAAAUGAGAUUUCUAUAUCUCAUCAUGAGUUGAAAAGUCCUAACCUUACAUACUUGAGGUCAACUUGCUGUUUCUGUUAUAGUUUUCCUCAACCUCAGUUUUUACUUGAUAGGCUACAGGAUUCUGUACAUGACUGACCUUGCCUGGGGGAUCAGAGGGUUAAAAUCCAGCCGGUAUUCAAGCAAUCCAUGAGAGAGAAUUAUGGAGUCAGCAAUGUAAUAGGAGCCUUUCUCCUCCAUCCUCCUCCCAUGUUCUUCCCUCUUAUUCCUCGGUCUCAGCAAGGGGUCAUAAUAUCACACUGUCCUCUGAAUGCCUUUAAAUGAGCUGUGUGUGUUUUGAUCUCAGCAGCGCAGGUGUCAGAGGAGAGGCCCUUCCCAACACGGUGCUAA